AUGAUGGAAGAAGGAGGGGAAUCUGGUGGUGCAGAAACUGCAUCGGAAUCGUCCGAAGGUGGAGCAGCUGCAUCAGCUGCAGCAGAAUCGGAAGGGGAUGGAGAGGAAGGCAGCGCUGCUUCCGAGGGCGCAACUAGUGCGGGCGGAGAAGAGGAUGAAGAGGAAGGCAUUCUAGACGUUGAUGUCGACGAGUUGCUGUUAGCUGAAGUUGGACUUGAGGAAGGAGCAGGAGGGGAAUCUGGUGGUGCAGAAACUGCAUCGGAAUCGUCCGAAGGUGGAGCAGCUGCAUCAGCUGCAGCAGAAUCGGAAGGGGAUGGAGAGGAAGGCAGCGCUGCUUCCGAGGGCGCAACUAGUGCGGGCGGAGAAGAGGAUGAAGAGGAAGGCAUUCUAGACGUUGAUGUCGACGAGUUGCUAAGAAGAAUCAGUUGCUGA